ACGCGCGCGCGCACGCACACUCCAGCUGCCAUGAGCAGCGCCGCACUUCUCUCAGAGCAGCACUUUAAACACAUACGCGUACACACACACACACACACACACACACAGAAGCGGAUUUCUCUCCUGCUCUCCUGCGCGUCUGAGUCUCAGGAUGUGUGAGACACCGCUGAUGAAAGCUGCGCGCGUCGUGCGUAAAGAGCGCGAGCGCUGUCCGCGGUGCUGAAGACCGGCACGAGCGCAAAGGGCUUUUCCCGGAGUGCGUGCGAGAGUGUGUGUGUGUGUGAGUGUGUGUGUGUACUGAAACCUCGCCAUGACUCGGAAGAGGUUGCGGUGUGUGGCUGUGCGGGGAUUCCUGGCGUGGGAAGUGGCGCUUUUAGUGAGUCUGGUGGCCACAAAGGACCCUGAAAGUCCUCGGGGGAGAGCCGUACCCAUGUCUCCCUCAGACUUUCUGGACAAGCUCAUGGGAAGGACCUCGGGCUACGACGCCAGAAUUAGACCAAACUUCAAAGGUCCACCUGUGAAUGUGUCCUGUAACAUAUUCAUCAACAGUUUUGGGUCCAUCGCUGAGACGACUAUGGAUUACAGAGUGAACAUCUUCCUGCGACAGCAGUGGAACGAUCCACGUCUGGCCUACAGCGAGUACCCAGAUGACUCUCUUGACCUUGACCCCUCCAUGUUAGACUCCAUCUGGAAGCCGGAUCUGUUCUUUGCCAAUGAAAAAGGUGCACACUUUCACGAAGUCACCACCGACAACAAGCUGUUGAGGAUAUUCAAGAACGGCAAUGUCCUUUAUUCUAUAAGAUUGACCCUGACACUUUCGUGUCCAAUGGAUCUGAAGAAUUUCCCCAUGGAUGUACAGACAUGCAUCAUGCAGCUGGAGAGCUUCGGCUACACGAUGAACGAUCUGAUCUUUGAGUGGCAGGAGAACGGACCCGUGCAGGUGGCUGAAGGACUCACGCUUCCUCAGUUCAUCCUGAAGGACGAGUCUGAUCUCAGAUACUGCACCAAGCAUUACAAUACAGGAAAGUUCACAUGCAUCGAGGUGCGUUUUCACCUGGAGAGGCAGAUGGGUUAUUAUCUGAUCCAGAUGUACAUCCCCAGUCUGCUCAUCGUCAUCCUCUCCUGGGUGUCCUUCUGGAUCAACAUGGACGCUGCUCCUGCUCGCGUAGCUCUGGGCAUCACCACAGUGCUCACUAUGACCACACAGAGCUCUGGCUCCAGAACCUCUCUGCCUAAGGUUUCCUACGUGAAGGCCAUAGAUAUCUGGAUGGCCGUGUGUUUACUCUUCGUGUUCUCGGCUCUGCUGGAGUACGCAGCGGUGAACUUUGUCUCGAGGCAGCACAAGGAGCUGCUGCGGUUCCAUCGGCGGAGAAAGAAGUCGAGAAAGGAGGAGGAAGUGCGUGAAAGCCGUCACAGUUAUGCCCCGAACGCAGGGAAAGACAUCCCGAUGGCCAAAUCCACCAAUAACACGGGCUCUAACUCGCUCCAGGCCCAGACGAGCGCUAACAUCACUAGUAAGAGUCCAGAAGAGAUGAGGAAGAUCUUCAUCGACCGCGCCAAGAAGAUCGACACCAUCUCACGUGCUGGAUUUCCUCUGGCCUUCCUCUUCUUCAACAUUUUCUACUGGGUUCUGUACAAAAUCCUACGGCACGACGUCCACAAACCCUAAACACGGAGCCUGACCGGGUGGGCGGAGCUUCAGCCUGACGGACAGCUACAUACGUGAUUAUAUAUUAUAUAUACAUACAUGAUAUGUACUCAACUGUCGUCAUUGGGACCAGGAAGUGUUACAGUGACAUGGACCACAUGGUCACAACACGCACACACUAUGCAACUGAGAGACAUCAUGGAGCAACACAACACACACACACACACACAUACACACACUUGCACACACUCACACACACUCAAUCCCCAAGCCUCCCUGGAUCUCACUCUUUGCUCUCGUCAUCUCUCUCGUGUCCUACAGCCUGUUACUGCCAGCGUAGUGUUUUAAUACAACACGAUUCAAAAAUAGAAACGUACACAAGUUACAUAAAAGAUAAAGGAAAUAGAUCAAUGUUCUUUUUCUAUGAUUAUAAAAUAAUUUUAUACUCCAAAGACUAGAAUCAUCCCCUUAAAUGAAGGCUUAAAGGAUUUUUUUAUUAAUUUAUCCAAGUCUGAUUGAUGAGUGUGGGAAUGUAUAGUUUAUAUUUUAAAAGGCGCAUGCUUUUAGUUUCAGGUUGCAAAUGUAGCUGGUGGUUUUAAAAAGAAAUACAUAUAGAGAAAGUAGUAAAAAUUCAGCGUAGUACACAAAGUUUCCAGAGAAACUGGACAUUUGGGUAAUUUUCUCAUUUAAACAGAUCAUCCAGUUUGAAUAUCUAAUGAAGAAUAACUAACCUAAUGUCCAACACAUCCUGUUUCUCUCUACACGUUGUGUACUACACUGAACUUUUACUACAUCCACUAUCAUUACUGCACUUACAUGCUAUAUACUGUACUGUACAGAAGCCUUAGGCACCAGUAACCACAUGCUAUAAAGCAAAAAAACAUAAAAGAUCUACUGUAAAGAGCAGAAAACAGUAAUAACGUAAACAAGGUCAAUAUUUGAUGUUAUACAUACAUACAACCGUUUGCUUUAAAUGCAUUAGUGGUCUCGGGCACAUUUUGUGUAUGUUUAGAAGGAAAGCAGCUGGUAAGUUUUUGUUUUGUUUUGUUUCUUUUUUUUUUUUUUCUUUUUUUUUUGAGCAUCUUGGAGAAUCUGAUGCAGUUCUUCUGAAGACUCUGAUUCUUUUUUUUUCUUUUUUUUUCCCCCCCAGAUAAUCAGAUAAUCCCUGAUGACCUUCAGAAAAGAGAAAGAGAGCUAUUGCGCAAUAUAUUACUUUCCUAUAACAUUUAAGUUUUGUUGUAAUGCUUGGAAAUUUAAAAUGUUUUGUCACUGCAGAAAGCAAACAUCUAAGGAAAAAAAUUGCUUAAAAAAAUUUGGACGCCUAAGAUUUGCACAGCACUGUACAGUAUAUGUGUGUGUGUGUGUGUGUGUGUGUGCGCGUGUGUGCGCGCUAAAUUCAUUUCCCUUUCAGUUGCAUGCACUUGACAUAAUGUGAACGCUUAAUGUGAAAUUGUAUAUAAUAAUAAUAAUAAUAAUAAUAAUAAUAACCAUGAAUAUUAAACAAAAAAAAUGAAACGUUGCGAUGACUGUAUGUUAUCAGGUAAAGUCCAUUUUUUGUUUUGUUGUUUGUUUGUUUUGUUUUGUUUUGUUAUUUAAUAUCUGUAAGUUCCAGGGAAGUCGAAGUUGUCUCCCACUAUUCAAAACAUUUUUUGUAAUUAAUCUCCAUUAAACUCUGCGUAUUAAUGAACUACAUCAUAUCACACUAAAGCAGCUCUGAAUUGAAUUAAACUAAAUCAUUUGCUUUAAACGUAUCUCUCAUACAGUAUAUUUUGUUCAUUUGUUUUUGUUCAUUUUAUUUAUUUAUGCAAAUGAGGCUUCAUCUAAUUGAAGUGCAUAUAUUUGCAUACUCGUUAAAACCAAAAAUCCUCUAAUAGUCCUUUGGAUGAAGUUGGGAUUAACAUUUUUUAAUGUUUAUUUCACUGUGAAGACGCUCUCAAGAGAAAGAUUUUGUUCUUAUAAAAAAUGUUUUGGGUCAUUUUUCAUUACAAAAACUAAUGUAAAUCAAACAAUGUAAUAGGUUCCUCAAUAGGAACAGGAAUAAGAUUUCAUGAAUGCAGAAACCGCAUUUAUUUGUUCUGAAUGGAGAAAAAUGAUUUUGAGAGAAUUUCUUUAAUACAGUGCAGUUUAAUGUUUCCUCUCUGGUUAAUCGGGAUGCAAACCUCAGGCUCCCACAUGAUAUGAUGCCAUUUUGAUUCUUAAGGCAAUGCUUUGAUAUUUGAUGAUGCUACUGAAUCUGAAUCUGAAUCAUACGAUACAAUUUGAUUUUGAUUCGAUUCGAUUCAAUUCAGCAUCCUCUGAUUAAUGUGUGACCAAAUUUGUUCAGAAUCUGGAGUAGGCCUAAAGUUAAUUUGCGAAUGAUGAUGACAAAGGACUAUUUCAAAAGUAUCAGUGAUGUAGGCACGUCACUUUUUUAAUAAGAAUCAAUUUAUAAUCAAUUAUAAUUGGUAAUAAUUGAUUUAUAAUUGUUGCCAAGAUUCAUUUCAGUCAUAGCCUUUUACAUCAACGAAUCACAAAUUGUCCGAUCAUUACAUCCCUGCUAGUUUGCAUUGUUUAUAAAGUUUAUAAAGGAAAUUGACAUGUAUAUCAUAAUGACAUGUCAAUUAUAUAUGUCAGGAAACAAGCUUUUCUUCCUAGGAUGUACUGUAUGAAAUGAAAUAAUUGGGAAGUGGGCGGAGCUUCAAGCCAACUGGUCGAAAAUGAGUGGACACAAAACAGUGAAAUAAAUACUUUUCUGUUAUAGAUGUAAUUUAGAAUAAAUCUGAAAAAUGAUUGACAGGAACAAAAUUGUUGUAUCUAUCUGUAGUGUUGUUAAAAAAAACAAAUUAAUUUUAUAAACAAUGUCUGUCACCACCACAGAGCGGGACGAUCUUUGGAUCCGUACUAGUUUCUCAGUAAUACUCGCUCACAGUAAUCAGGACCAGUCAUCCAUAUCACUUCAAUUUUCCCUUUAACAAAAGCAGCACUGUUCAGUAACACACUGCCAGUCUCCAAUACUAAUCACCGUGCCUGAUAGCCAGUACUGCCCAUGUGUUUGAAAUUAAUAGCAGAACCAGAUUUUAGGAUAAUAUGAUAUUUAUUUGGUUCAUAUGAUGUAUAGGAGGUGUGUUUCCUUUCUCCUACAACACUGCCAGUACUCAUUGCAGUUUCAAUUGUAUUUCUAUAGCGCUUUUAACAACAGACAGAAAAGCCAGCUGUAGAUUUAGAUCCAGUGUGGUGACGAAAAACUACCUGAGAUGACGUGAGGAAGAAACCAUAACUCAAAAGGGAGUGCAGAUUGUGAAUAAGAGCGCUGAGAUGAGCACAAGGCAGAGUUUAUGAUUUAGGAUUGUAAGUCAAACAUCGGAUGCAUGAGACGCGUGGUUGAAGUAUGAAUGUGUGUACAUUUCUUUUAAAAGAAAAUGUAAUGAAUGUGAGCUGCAUGUCUGGCAUAUCUAGAAUAGGUAAAGAAUCAUUUAAAAACAGUGGUAGUCCAGAAAUUAAAUCAAAAGUCCACCCUGAAACACAUUAAAUACUUCUACAGUGAAAUAUUUAUGAUGUGUUUAGCAGUUCUGAUGCUAAUACGUUGAUUGGUGCUGUGUUAUUCCUGUACAAAGUUAGCAGAUGUGGGUUGCUCUGAUGUCACAGGAGGACAUUGUUAUUGCUAGCACACUUACAAUGGAGUUUAACAGGAGAAAACAAAUCAACAGUCUCAAACAUAAGGAAGAACGAUCAGGUUUCACAGUUAGCUCCUAAAGAAAAUGUGUAUGAGACUUUGGUGCAAAUGCUGGACUCACUGUCCCAGAAUGCAAUGCAGAUUCAGCUCGGCUAGUUAGCGAUCUAUGAGAUCGAUAUUAGCAAUAUUAGCAUGAACGUUGGUGCUUUGGAAGCUGAUCUGUUCGAGCAGAGCGUACACAUGGGGAAGUGAGAGAGCUGGACAGACUAAAGGAUUAAAGCACCGCUGCAUCGCUUUCUUUAGCAGAGAUAAAGUGAAGCCAGCACCACUAUCAGCGGGUAAUCGAGCGGGCAUUGUGGGUAAUGUAGGAAACAGUUAAUGAAGUGAAGGCUGAACAUCACAUAUGGAGUAUGAAUCUCGAUAUGAAUGUGGUUCAGGGUGGAUUUUCUUCCUUUAAUGGUGUGAACCAGUGACCUGAAGGUUGUGAGUUCAAUCUCAGCACUGCCUCAAAACCACUUUUUGGCUGUUAGGCGAGAUUUUAUUCUGCCUACCUUAUAUAUCACUUGGAUAUGAAGAUAUUACAAAUAUCAAGUGUAUCUUUCUGUUGAUUCUGUUGAUCAGUGUGGUUCUGUUGCAGAGGUUACUAGUAACAGAACUUUGAAUAAAGUUGGGAAAAUAGGGGAAAUAAUUACUAAAGCAGUGAAGAAAAGGUAAACAAUAAUGGUGAAAUAAAUUAUUUAAUAAUCAACAGAAAAUAUAUUACUAUAUACUCUUAUGUACAAAUUGAUCUGUCUGAUGUAAUUUAUGGAAAUCCCCAUAAAAUUAUACAUAUAUCUCCAGUAUUUAUUUUCAUUUGCACAUAACACUUUGAUAUGCCUCAUAAAUAUAAUGAAUAUAAUGAACUUUUUAUUUAACAUAAAAAUUUAGAGAGUAAAACAUUUAACAGUGACAGAUUUACAUCACACUGCUACAGAGACGAGAUGUUUGUGUACAUUUCUAAUGCAAAUGUUUAAUAAUUUAUUUUGUACGCUUGUUAUGCAUGAACCAGUUAUGAUAUUGAUGUAUAUUACAUUUUUUCCAAUGUGAACUGGACCUGUCCUACUGUUCCUGCUGAGAGAGAGAGAGAGAGAGAGAGAGAGAGAGAGAGAGAGAGAAGCUCAGAUGUUAUCUUCUGUAAAUAAUUUUCUCAUAUCUAAUAAAGUUCUGUACAAAACAAGUGGAAAUAAACAAAUGAAUGAAUGAAAGGUGGGAUGUUUUCCAUCACAUGGGUGCGUGUUAUUACCUAGCAUCACAUACAGUCAUGAAAAAUGAAUCUUAAAGGUUCUUUAAGUAAUUCAGGGUUCUUAGCUUUGUAAACAGGUUCUGGUUGAAACCGCUGUUCCUAAUGACCAAUCACUGAUCACCACUGUUCCUAAUGACCAAUCACUGAUCACCAUUGUUUCCAAAGACCAAUCACUGAUCACCACUGUUCCUAAUGACCAAUCACUGAUCACCAUUGUUUCCAAAGACCAAUCACUGAUCACCAUUGUUUCCAAAGACCAAUC